AUGAAGUGUAUAGCGAUUCUAUUGUCCGCUCUUCUGGUUGGCGUUUCGUGUAAUGGAACAGCUAAGCCUGCGGUUUUUGGAACGGUAUUGUUCUCCCCUUCUGAUAUGAGCAGGGAUUGUUGGAGUGCCGAUAAUGUUGCUCUAUUGACCAGCAGAAUGCUCAUGAGGAACCUAAUGCCACGCAUGGAUACCGUUAAGGUAGAGGAUGAUAGUUUUAUAUCAGAUAUCAUCGAAUAUUUCAGACUACUCCUGGAAGUCAUCAGAGGUGUAACUUCUGGUAAAAGUAAACACAUCAUGUUACUUGCGUUCACAGACACCUUAGGUGGAUACAUGAGACAUUUCAUACUGCCAGUUUCAAAAUACGCCUAUUACGCAGGAAAUGUUGAGUAUGCAAGUAUUGUAAAACUUUAUCAAUUAUAUGAUGAGUUGAAAAAUUUCUUGAGAACAAAUGGCAAUGGUUGGGCAAAACCUUCCAAACGAUUAGGUAAACAUAUACACGCUAAACCAAUAUCAUUGCAAUCGCCAACUCCUUCAACGGAUCCUUGUCAAGGACUAAUAUAUUCCAAACGAGCAGGUAGAACGGGACAAAAGACUAGAGCCUCGAAAGGGUGCUCGAUGGAAGUACCUUUACCAUUUUUUGACUCCAAAACACAUCCAUCCGCAAUCGCCGUGCCAUUCAAAACUUUUGGUCUGAGAAACUUGGAAUCCCGAGUUUCAGCCUAUAUCCUAGUGAAGUUCUACGUAGCCGUGAGCAAAUGCAUGGCAUCUCGACACGUCGACGAGCAGGACGUUCAUAAAUUCAACACUAACGUCUAUGCCUUCAUCAUGGCCAAAGUUAUGCCGCACCUUUGCGACGAUAAAUUCUAUGCAGCUUUUGGUGGCGUUCUGAGAAUUUUAGAGACCAUAAAACAGGAUGGUAAAAGUGUAAAAGCCAUGGGUAAUAUCAACAUAAUGCCAGAUACAGAUGACCGAGAACCGUUUCCCGACAUGGUGGACGAAGGGGAUGCGUUGGGACCGCCGAAAUAUGAUAAAAAAUCCAAGAACAACUUGAUUUUGAUGGCGGCCCUAGCGACUAUCAUAAUAUGGUUCUGCUUGGGAGCCGCUUUCGUAUGCUGUAGGAUUCGAAUAUCGAAAUUGAAAAAAGAGGAUAAGGUGAAAGCUAUCGGGCAAUCCGAAGAGGGAGAUGAUGAUGAAAUGGCGAAGGGAUCAGAAGAUCAAAUCUCGUGCAGAGAUGAAACUUGCCCAGCAUUCAUGUCAUCACGAAGUUCUACAAAUGAGAAUGCAAAUUACGCACUGAUGAGCAAUAAAUUGCCCAGCGUUUCUACAAAAUCCUCAUCGAAUACAAAUACAACGGAAGGUGAAUCCGACUCUAAUAGCAAGAUACCUGAAUUGAGAGUACAUAGCGUGCAGUAUUAUCCACCGUCCUUCGCAUGCCACACGAGCAUGACAGGAAAAAUGAAGGUUGAUUCUAGCACAGAUGAAUACACCUCCAGAGAGGAACCCAAGCGGCCUUUUGUAUUUGGAUACGAUUUUCAGACAUCAUCCGAGGAGACGUCGCCAAGAGAAACGACGGACGGAGAAAACGACUUGGGUGGGAACAUGUCCAAAUGAAUAUCUUAUUUACCUAUAUUUCUACUAAUAAAUGUGCAUUGCUUUGUUUUGAAUUAAUCGUGUUAUUAAAUGCGUUCCAAUACCGUUAGGUAACAGUUUUCAAGGGAGAGCG